UGUCUGUUGUGUUAGAUUAAAUUGUGUCUACAUACAGAGGAUUCACAGUUCACCGGUCAGCACUAUCUCACAACCUAGUAACAGUCCAAACGCACACAUUAUAAAAAGGUCCAGGUGGCUCAGAGUCAUUACCAUGAUGCCCACACCACUCUCUGUUUGUUUGGGAUCGAAGCUUUUAUCUUGUGUACACAUGAGCAGGCCGAACAGGAACCCCCUCACAAGUCAUGAUGGAGAAGAAGGGGCUCAGGGCUGAUGAAGCAUCCAGCUAGUUAAUCAUUACAGCAGCUCUCACCACACUGUGUGUCAGAGGGGACAGACAGUGAGCCGCCUCAGUGACUUGGUGCUUGAGUGGACAACAAUGUCGGUGCAGCGUGUGUGCGUGGCCGACUUUGAAGAAGAAGCCAAGAAAGUUCUUCCUAAAGCUGUGUAUGACUACUACCGCUCAGGAGCUGAUGAGCAAACCACGCUGGCUGACAAUGUCGCUGCCUUUAACAGGUACGCACACACACACACCCUUAACUCGUGUUUUUGUCUUUCUGGAACUAAGAAAAGCUUAGUGUGGCAUCGGGAUCUUACUUCUAGCCAACUACUAGCGAUGCAAAUACGCAAUCAAUCAACUGUUUUUCGUUGUUGUCUGGUUCAAGGCAAACUUCCUCUGCAGUGUUUGUGUGUGUCGUCAGGUGAGGACGCCGCCCAGGCUGUGAUCUAUGGCGUCGAUGGCAUCCUGGUGUCCAAUCACGGAGCUCGACAACUGGAUGGGGUUCCUGCCACGCUAGAUGUGUUGGAGGAGGUGGUGCAGGCAGUGCAGGGUCGCUGCGAUGUCUACAUGGACGGAGGAGUGCGGCGAGGGACAGACGUCCUGAAGGCCUUGGCUCUGGGAGCAAAGGCUGUCUUCAUCGGCCGCCCCGUGCUGUGGGGCCUCGCCUGUCAGGGGGAACAAGGAGUUACAGAGAUUCUGGAACUUCUAAAAGAUGAGCUGCGACUGGCUAUGGCCCUAUCAGGUUGUCGCUCUGUAUCUGAGGUGAGCCGGUCCCUGGUCAGGAGAGCAGACUUCACCUCCAGGAUGUGAGAGAAGAAUCUGCUGCAUGAUUCACAAGACAAUCCAUUCGUGAUGAAUCACUGGUCAUUUAUUUGUCAAAUUAAUUUACCAUUUUGUAUAUUCAGACUUGUUUGUUAAUUGCUACAACUUGUUCUACUGGAAAACGCACAUAAAUUGAUCUAAUGUAAAACUGAGGUGUAACACUGGCCAGUGUCUUGAAGUAAGUAAAUGAAGUGGCAUUAAUUAAAAGUCAUUUUUAUCAGAAA